GAGUCAGCGAGCUUGACUAGCCUUUCUGAUACCUGUUAAACAUCAGUUGUACAUCCUCUCCAGACCCAACCCACGCCAACCUUGUAUCAAUUACGUCUCGCACGCUACACUUUCAUUGCCGCCACGCAUUCGAUGGCCACUGCAGAGCAAAUGGCGGCUUAUGCCGCCUACUUACGUUCACACACCGUAGCGCACAACAAGCCCGUGACCGAGAUCUGCAUCUUUCAACUGCAGCCCCAAUUUUGGCAUGACCACUCUACAGCGCUGGCCAAAUUCGAGUCGCAGAUUGUCGCCAACACUGCCCCAGGUGGGAACAAGCCCAACGCGCAGGGGAUCCGCAAGAUCGCAUACGGAUUCUCUGUCGACGAUGCCGGGGCGUUUGUCUGGAUGCUCGACUGGGAGAAGAUACAGGAUCACUGGGAUUUCUGGCAGACGGCGGCUUUUCCACCUGUCAUGAAUGCCAUUACCGAGUUGUUUGUGGCGGGCAGGCCUCUUGUACGACACUACGAUUUCGGGGAGGCAGGGAUGCUGGAUCGGGAGUUUGAGGUUGCGAGAGUUCUAGUUUGGGAUGAUGGGGAGGUUAAGCCGCUUGGGAAUGUGACUAGCUGCGUCAAUGCCCGGCAGACUCGAGAGGGGUACGCGGUUGAUGUGAAUGAGACAACCUGGUGGUGUUCGCUGUUGGGGUAUGAGAGCGAGGCGGACUGCAGAGCGGACGAGCUAAAUGUUCGGUGCGGUCCAGCAGCUGAAAAGCACAUUGUGAGGCUGCAAUAUAUUUAAAUUGAACAUGCUGUAUUUACCUUACGAGCCGAAAUCUGUCUUUGAGAAACUGCGUGACAUGGUCCC